CGAUAGCUCGCCGGAGCCGUUUUGACAGGCAGUCGAGGUUGCAGCAGGCAGAGGGAGACGGUGACAGGAAGGUAAAGCAGGGAAGGCAGCAUCAUGGCGGACAGAGACAGCGGCAGUGACCACGGAGGGCCUACCUCGGGCCCUGGCUCGCUGCCGCCGGGUGCGAUGGGAGCCAUGUCCCGGCUACAGCACGACACCGAGGAGCUCGCCUCGAAACGGGUCGACAUCCAAAACAAGCGAUUCUACCUUGACGUCAAGCAGAAUGUGAAAGGACGCUUCCUAAAGAUAGCCGAGGUCGGCGCUGGGGGAAACAAGAGCCGCCUCACGCUCUCGAUGUCGGUGGCCGUGGAGUUCCGUGAUUAUCUCGGUGACUUUAUCGAGCAUUACGCCCAGCUGGGCCCGAGCAACCCCGACUUGGUGCAGGAUGAGCCCCGGCGGGCGCUCAAGAGCGAGUUCUUGGUGCGGGAGAAUCGGAAAUAUUACAUGGAUCUGAAGGAGAACCAAAGGGGGCGGUUCCUGAGGAUCCGGCAGACCGUUAAUCGGGGGCCGGGACUGGGGAGCUCGCAAGGCCAGACCAUCGCUCUGCCGGCACAGGGGCUCAUCGAGUUCCGUGACGCUUUGGCCAAACUCAUCGACGACUACGGCGUGGACGAGGAGCCGGCCGAGCUCCCGGAGGGCACCUCGCUCACGGUGGACAACAAGCGCUUCUUCUUCGACGUGGGAUCCAACAAGUACGGCGUGUUUAUGCGAGUCAGCGAGGUGAAGCCCACCUACCGGAACUCCAUCACCGUUCCGUGCAAAGUGUGGUCCAAAUUUGGCAACACCUUCUGUAAAUACGCCGAGGAGAUGCGGAAGAUCCAGGAGAGGAGUCGAGAGAAACGGGCCUCGGAACUGCUACCUGAGGGCCCGCACGGCGCAGAUGACGGCGACGACGACUGACUGACUGUGACUGACUGACUCACGGGGACGAGACGUGAAGCAAAACUGAGAACUCAUUGAAGAAAUGAGACUUAACAGUGUCAAGUGACUGGAAAGAGAGAUCUCCGAGGGAAUCACCGCCCCCCCCCCUUCCACACACACGCACACACACACACACACACACACACACAUACACACAC